GUUUCUCUGGCUCCCGCCGCAGAGAGUCAGUCACGAGCAGCGAGAAGAACCGUACCCGGCCGCCGCUCCGAGAGCGAAAGCUAAGCCCAGGCGCAGAACCCGGAUGUUGUCGGCUCGCGGCGCCAGCGGCCCCGCCAGCUUCCAAGAGGGCGGCCCCGUGGUUCCAAUAGGAGGGAAGCCGCAAGGCGGCGCGCAGGAGGCACUUCCGCCCGUUCUCCUUCCCGCAGUCCGCGGCGGGGGAAGAUGGCGGCGCUGAGGGCUCUGCGCAGCCUCCGGGGCGUCGGGACCCAGGCGCUGCGGUUCGCGGCCGGGGGCCGGCUGCCGGUUCAGCCCAGCAGAGGUGCUCGGCAAUGGCAGCCAGAUGUGGAAUGGGCAGAACAGUUUGGGGGAGCUGUCAUGUACCCCACCAAAGAAACAGCCCACUGGAAGCCUCCACCUUGGAAUGAUGUGGACCCUCCAAAGGACACAAUGGUGACAAACCUGACCCUGAACUUUGGGCCCCAGCACCCAGCAGCCCAUGGAGUCCUGCGACUAGUGAUGGAGUUGAGUGGGGAGAUGGUGCGGAAGUGUGACCCCCACAUUGGCCUGCUGCACCGAGGCACUGAGAAGCUCAUUGAGUACAAGACCUAUCUGCAGGCCCUUCCAUACUUUGACCGGCUGGACUACGUGUCCAUGAUGUGCAACGAGCAGGCCUACUCCCUGGCUGUGGAGAAGUUGCUCAAUAUCCAGCCUCCGCCCCGGGCGCAGUGGAUCCGGGUGCUGUUUGGAGAAAUCACGCGGCUUUUGAACCACAUUAUGGCUGUGACUACACAUGCCCUGGACAUUGGGGCCAUGACUCCUUUCUUCUGGAUGUUUGAAGAGAGGGAGAAGAUGUUUGAAUUCUACGAGCGCGUGUCUGGGGCUCGGAUGCAUGCUGCCUACGUCCGGCCAGGAGGUGUGCACCAGGACCUACCCCUUGGGCUUCUGGAUGACAUAUACGAGUUUUCUAAGAACUUCUCUCUUCGAGUUGAUGAGUUGGAAGAGAUGCUCACCAACAAUAGGAUCUGGCGAAACCGAACAGUUGACAUUGGGGUUGUGACAGCCGAAGACGCGCUUAACUAUGGAUUUAGUGGCGUCAUGCUCCGGGGCUCAGGCAUCCAGUGGGACCUGCGGAAGACCCAGCCCUACGAUGUGUAUGACCAGGUGGAGUUCGAUGUUCCUGUUGGCUCUCGAGGGGACUGCUACGAUAGGUACCUGUGUCGGGUGGAGGAGAUGCGCCAGUCCCUUCGAAUCAUCGAGCAGUGUCUGAACAAGAUGCCUCCUGGGGAGAUCAAGGUUGAUGAUGCCAAAGUGUCUCCGCCUAAGCGAGCAGAGAUGAAGACUUCCAUGGAGUCAUUGAUUCAUCACUUCAAGUUGUACACGGAGGGCUACCAGGUCCCUCCAGGGGCCACAUACACUGCCAUCGAGGCUCCUAAGGGAGAGUUUGGGGUGUACCUCGUGUCCGAUGGCAGCAGCCGCCCUUACCGGUGCAAGAUCAAGGCUCCUGGUUUUGCCCACCUGGCUGGUUUGGACAAGAUGUCGAAGGGCCACAUGCUGGCGGACGUUGUUGCCAUCAUAGGUACCCAAGAUAUUGUGUUUGGAGAAGUGGAUCGGUGAGCUGGGGAACAGCAUCUGAUCCCCCUGCCUGCCUGCUUCCUCCUUGGAGCCCUUCUGUCCCGGACAGGGACCGUGUUUGUGUACAUGUGUGUACACGCCCGUGAACGCUCAGCCAUCAGGCUUUCUGUGCAUGUACUAGAAAAGGAGAAAUCGUAAUAAAUUAGCCGCCUUCUGGCCCCUCUGCCCAAA